GAUAUCGUAAGUUCCAACAUCAUACACAGACCAGAUUUAGACUAGAGUCUUGAAGUAAGAAAAGCACAAAUUGUCAAACUUUCCAUCAUGACUAUGGUCGUAGUAAGAUUCACUCGGCUCCCCACGCCACCCCUCACAGUCAACACGAGCAACGCCCGCGACUACGAUCCCUGGUACGAAGCCAUCCAAAUCGAAGACUGUCCCCCCGCAACCAAAACGUGGACCGUCCUCUCCACCCACAUCGUUUCUUCCAUCCACAACCACUACCGUCACUACAAGUACUGGAACUACAAGAUCUGCAAGAUGGAGAUUAUGUGGAAAUUGGGCCGUGGACAGAAUGCGCCGCAGGUGCUCUAUGAGUAUGCGGUUAAUGAUGAGUAUUUGGUACUGCAUGGGGGUCAGCAUGAGAGGAUCGUCACGGCGUUGCGGCUGCAGAAUAGAGCGAGUGGCGAUUAUAUGAGUGUGACGUAUCAGGCGGGGUCGUCGAGUCAGGGACAGGUGGGGCUUGUUUCUUUUAUGGAGUUGGAGAAGGCUUGAGUUGGGGUGUGGAUGGUGUGUCGUGGAGGUUGGAGGAGGGGAGGGGGGAUAUUCAAUAGUGGGAGUGGAAGAAUUCUUAGAAUGAAGCAGAAUACGGCGAGUUUUGUGGAUAUGCAGGCGCAAGUAAUUUGUGGAUGCUCUCUUCUCAGUGAACAUGUCAACCACUUGACAAUCGCGGAAUAGUUUAGGCAAAGACGAGCAUCUCAGUGAUUAUGAAAGCUGAACAAUAUGGCCAGUGCA